AUGGAACUUGGUGACCCAGAACUGCUGGAUAUCUUGUUGGAACCUUCAGAAGACAUAACCGUGUGGGCCUUCCCAGAGCUGGCAGGCCCCUCCUCAUUCCAAGAGCCAGAGCGAACUGGACAGCAAGAUCCAGGGCUGGAAGGCUGGGAACCCGGUGGGAGCAGCAGCUGUGGCCUGCAGGAGAGUGAGCCUGACGAUUUCUUGAACCUACUCAUUGACCCCAAUGAGGUCUAUCAGUCCAGAGUUUCUCCAGGAAGUGACAGCGAUAUCUCUGAGGAGCCUGGUCAUCCAGACAGCCCCCCAGCCCCCAUGGCUCUCAGUCCUCCUGCCUUCUAUGAGGUUGUCUAUGAGACUGGGGCCCUAGAAGGGCUGCAAGGAGAAAAUGGCCCCACCAGCUCUGGGCUCAUCUCUAUCCAGCUAGGUCAGUGGAGCCCCCCACUGCUGAUCCCUGAUGCCUGCAUCAUCAGUGAGCCUCCAGCUGGUCCUCCUGCCCACCCAGAGUCCAGAGUAGGUACAGGAGUCCUGGUGCCUCCUGAGACACUGCUGCACUGCCCAGCAUUGUUCCUGACAGAUGAGGAGAAGCGGCUAUUGGGACAAGAAGGGGUAUCUCUCCCCUACCACCUACCCCUCACCAAGGCAGAGGAAAGAGUCCUUAAGAAGGUGCGGAGGAAAAUCAGAAACAAGCAGUCUGCUCAGGAUAGCCGGAGACGCAAGAAAGAAUACAUAGAUGGUCUGGAGACUAGGGUGGCUGCCUGUUCUGUGCAGAAUCAGCAGCUACAGAAGAAGCUGCAGGAGCUGGAGAGACACAAUGUCUCCUUAGUGGCCCAACUUCAACAACUCCAGGCACUAAUUGCUCAGACCUCUAACAAGGCAGCCCAGACCAGCACCUGUGUCCUGAUCCUCAUGUUCUCCUUAAUCCUCAUCAUCCUUCCCAGCUUCAGCCCCUUUCCCAGGGAACAGCCAACUGGGCCUGACACUUACAAGCCUAGUGGAGUUAUCUCCAGAAACAUCUUGACUCACAGGGAUGUGCCUGACAGCCUGAGAACCCUGGUAUCACAGUCUGGAGACAGGGAUGUCAAUGGUUCCUCAGAGGCAGUGCUGAAGGAGGGUGGGAAGCAGCCAGGCCACAGGGAGAAGGGCAGACCUGUGCAGCAUGCUGAUGAGAUGUAAGGCAGAUUUGGAAAAAGGGUGAAGGGCCUGGGAGGCCACCACAAAAAUCAUUCAACUCCUGGGAUUGAGAUACCCCUGACCACUCCCCCACCUCACCAGUCUUCACACCCUAUGGCAGCAGACUGGAAUAGGAUGUUACUUUAGAGAAACUGAGGUAGUACCCUUCCCUAGUUCCCUAACGGGGCCAGCAACUUAUUCUCCCAAUGUAAGUAACAUAAAAUAAGGUGAAGAGUUUGAGCUCCUGUAAGUGGAGCAAUUUGGGGGCAGGGAGAGAAGAGGGAUGUUGCUUUAAAAUAAACUUAUAACUUCUAUCUGGUGUAUAAACUUAACCUCCAUUUGGUUUCAUGGAUCUCCUAGUAGUGUAUACUCAGACAGACUCACUUAAGCCUCAUACACUGUAGCGGGAGAAAGGAAACAAAGUUGAGGAGACUGAGGACAUGGCUGCUUCCCACAAUCUAUUGUUUUGUUCUCA